UUCUCUUCUUCGUAGGUGCAUUGUAACAACAUGUUUUCCAAGGGGGUGAAAAUCUUCCAGAAGGUGGAGUGUCUGUUCAAACCACGCUUGAUUGCAGACUGGGAGUCUGAACCUGUUGGAGUGGCAACUGUCUUAGAUGACAAAAACCCCAGCGCUAGGUUUGUGACUGUCCCCCUCAAUCAGCGCGUAGGUAAAGCCAUACUUUGCCGCUUCUACUUCGCUGAUACCUGGAUGAUGAUGAGUGAGAUUUCCUUCCAGUCAGACAUGGAGAGCGUGAAUCCUAAUUUUGUUACGGUAGCCACAAGCACAACGGAUCUCCUGGAAACAGAGUGCAAUGUUACUGAGGGGACCUGGGAAACCACAUCUUCUGUAACCAGCACCUGGAUAGGAGAGAAAGCAGAUGACUCCAAUACCUCCAUCCUUGUGGGCUGCCUUGUGGCUAUUAUUCUUCUGCUCCUGAUGAUUAUAAUCAUUAUUCUUUGGAAGCAAUAUGUUCAAAAAAGGUUGGAAAAGGCCCCACGUCGAAUCCUGGAGGAGGAUGCCACAGUUCGCCUCUCCUUCUACAGCUACACCAUUGCCAACAACCAGACCCAGAUUCACCAGUCAAAUCCCACCUAUGAACGUGCUUUCCCGCUGGAUUUGGAGUAUCACCAGCCAGCUACACUGCUUCAAAAGCUUCCGGAGCUCUCCCAGAGUGCAGAGGAUUCAGUGUGCAGCGGGGACUAUGCUGAGCCUGACCUGACCAAGUCCACUCCUCACCAAGGCUUUCAGAACAAUGUUCCUCACUACGCUGAAACAGAUAUCGUCCACCUGCAAGGUGUGACCGGCAACAACAUGUAUGCAGUCCCAGCCCUCACUGUGGAUUCACUUACCAAGAAGGACAUCUCGGUGGGUGAAUUCCCACGGCAGCAGCUACGACUGAAGGAGAAGCUGGGAGAAGGACAGUUUGGAGAGGUGCACCUUUGUGAAGCCGAUGGCCUGCUGGAGUUCCUGGGAGUCUCGCCUACAGAAUUCACUCACCAGCCGGUUCUUGUAGCGGUGAAAAUGCUGAGAUCAGAUGUCAACAAAACAGCCAGAAAUGAUUUCCUGAAGGAGAUCAAGAUCAUGUCACGGCUGAAGAACCCAAAUAUCAUUCGGCUUCUGGGGGUGUGUGUGCGUGAUGACCCACUGUGCAUGAUAACAGAGUACAUGGAAAAUGGAGACCUCAAUCAAUUCCUGUCACAGAGGGAGAUCUACAGCAAAUUUGCCGUUUCAAACAAUAUUCCCUGUGUCAGCUACUCUAACCUGCUGUACAUGGCCACCCAGAUUGCCUCUGGAAUGAAGUAUUUAGCAUCUCUGAAUUUUGUGCACAGAGAUCUGGCAACUCGCAACUGCCUGGUGGGAAACAACUAUACCAUCAAGAUUGCGGACUUUGGCAUGAGCAGGAAUCUGUACAGUGGGGAUUACUACCGUAUCCAGGGAAGAGCUGUACUGCCCAUACGUUGGAUGGCUUGGGAAAGCAUCCUCCUGGGUAAGUUCACUACAGCCAGUGAUGUCUGGGCAUUUGGGGUCACUCUGUGGGAGAUGUUCAUACUGUGUAAAGAGCAACCGUACAGCCUCCUCUCAGAUGAGCAAGUCAUUGAGAACACAGGAGAAUUCUUCCGGAGCCAGGGCAGGCAGAUCUAUCUCUCCCAGACUCCUCUGUGUCCUAACCCUGUGUUUGACCUGAUGCUGAAAUGUUGGAGCAGGGAUAUAAAAGAUCGUCCCACUUUUGACAUGAUUCACCAUUUCCUGCUAGAACAAAUGGAAUCAAACAUUUGACUCGAAAAAAGAGACAAACUGUUGAGAACAGAGUGACUUUGGUGUCUCUUUGCCUGCACCUCAAGGGAAGAUGGUCAGGCCACCUUGCUGUCCUCCCUUGACUGUUCCAUAUUUAAGUUGAGAUGUCCAUGGCAGCUGCUCAUUCUAUUGGCCAUGGUCUGACACACAGGACCAGAGGAUCUCAUUUGGUUGAAAAAUCAUCUCCUCUUCUGAAUAAUUUCCUGGGAAUACUGUGAGAGGGGUUUUUUUAGAUACCCGUACACCUUUGGGCAAAACAAAUGAGUAAAACUUUACAAGGGACUUGGAGCUCUCUCCUGGGUGGAGAAGAAAGCUACCAGUCAGUGAGAGCGCUACCACUCAAGAACAGAUUUCUGGAAGUAAAGACUUCAGUCUUCCAGAAGUAUUCCAUUAAAUCAAAUGGAAGUCUUGUGCACAUUAGCAAGUGUUUCUGUACGCUCUUGCUACAGACAAUAUGUAUAGUGAGUGACUAGAAAUGUGUAGAACUAGGGAAUGGUUUAACGGACUUGAGAACUGACGGAGCUGGAUUUAGCAACCCCUUGGAAGUAAUGCUACCAGGGUCUACGGAGGAUGCUGAUACAAGAGUCCAAGAUCAUGUUCUUUUUCCUGUGGUUGUUAAGCACUGCUUUUGUUAUAUAUGUGCGUUUCCCCACACUGGAUUUUUUUCUAGAAAAAAAAAAAAUUUGAAAAUGAAUGUUAAAGGUCAUAGGAAGGUCACUGCGGUAGAAGAUCUUCUUUUGACCCACAAAUUAAGGCUAGGGUAGGGAGUUUGUAUUGAAAAGUAGCUGAUACUGUACUACUGUCACUAUGUAGAUUUAUUAACCUAAUGAACUUGUAGCCACAAUGGACUGAUGUGCAAUUAAUCCUGUAUAAGUACCCAUUAAUAUGAGAUCUCUAAGUCAAUGCUGUUACAUGUGCAGAGGGAACUUAGAUUUGGUGAAACCGAAUGGCUGAGAGCAGAACCCUCUAUGUCACUUGUUGUAACUCACGCGAGAGGAAGAGGAGCGGAGCACGGGUCGUCCCCCGGCACACGCCUGCGUGCACGCACUCAGAUACGUAUGUCUAGCAUCAGUGGUUCCU